AUGUGCCCGAUCAAGCCCGGCGCCGCGGUCCCGACGAAGCCCGGGGUGUACUGGCGCGACACCAGCGCCUGGGUGCGCUACGCGGACGCGUCCGCGACCAAGAUACGCCUCGCGGAGGCGCAGGCGUCGCUCGCGAAGAAGGAGGCGCCCGGGAGCCCGCGCGGGCCGCUCGAUAGGGCUCCGUCCCCGGCGCCCUCCCCCAGCGCGAGCUCGUCGCCGUGGCUGUGCGAGACGAUCGUCGACCUGGGCGACAUCGGACCGUCGUGGCUCGGCGGCGGGUCGUACCGCGUCGACCUCGCGCGCCGCGAGCAGAUCUCCCCGCGCGGGUUCGUCCGGCCGCUCCUCAUCGUGGAUUGA